AUGAUUCGGUUCGUGUUGCUUCUGAAUCGCCAGGGCAAGACACGGCUGUCGCGUUGGUAUGAGGGCAGUCUGUCUGAUCAGGAGCGCUGGAAAGUCGAGAGCGGCAUCCACGCCGCAGUGCUGCAGCGGCAGCGGCGCUGGGCGAACGUCCUCGACUUCCGCUCUUACCAUCUGGUGUACAGACAGUACGCGGGGCUGGUCUUCGUGGUGUGCAUCGACGGUGGCGAGAACGAUUUGGCGAUCUUUGAAGGCAUUCAGCUCUUCGUCGAGCUCCUCGACAAGUACUUCGGCUCAGUCUGCGAGCUGGACAUCAUCUUCCACGUCGACAAAGUCUACUUCCUCCUCGACCAGUUCAUCCAGGCCGGCGAAAUCGUGCAGACCAGCACCAAACUCAUCGUCAGCCGCGCGAAGCGCCUCGACGGGCUCGACUGA